AUGAAAACACAGAUUGAUUAUAAAUUUUAUCCCACAAAGGAAGUUACCAUCAUCAGCGCCCCUUUUAGCGCUGGUCAAGGUAAAGGCGGUGUUGAGAAAGGUCCUGGAUUACUACUGAAACAUGGACUUCGGGAAGAUUUGGAAGCUUUAGGCUGGUCGGUUUCCAUUAAGGAACCUCUCAAGGGUACCGGUCUAGAUGUACCCCCAUCAGAGUUGGAGGAGGAGUUUGACAGAUCGCACGGAAUUGCAAAGAGACCAACGGUGGUAGCCCAAGCGACAGAGAGAGUCUACCGUGCAGUUAAAGAAGUUUCCCAUCAGAAGCGAUUGCCUCUGACCAUAGGAGGUGAUCACUCAAUAGGAGUAUCCACGUUAGCAGGUUUUCUUGAUGCUAAUCCGGAUGCUUGCGUCUUAUGGAUCGAUGCUCAUGCUGACAUCAAUACUCCUGAAACGUCACCUUCGGGAAACAUUCAUGGCUUCCCAGUUGCCUUAGCUAUGGGGCUCAGUAGAGAAGUGUGGCCCAAACAGUUUUCGUGGUUGGAUGAAGCCAAAAACAAGCUAGCUGCCGACAGAAUUGCUUACAUUGGUCUGAGAGAUUUGGAUCCCUGUGAGAAGAAACGUGUAAGAGAACUGGGCAUCGCAGCUUACUCUAUGUACCAUGUCGACAAGUACGGAAUUGCGAAAGUGGUUGAAAUGGCAUUGGCUAGAAUCAACCCCACAGGAAAAUCACCAGUGCAUAUUUCUUACGAUGUGGAUGCUCUUGAUCCAUUAUUCACUCCUGCCACCGGUACCCCUGUAAGAGGAGGGCUGACUUUCCGUGAAGGGAUGUACAUUGUCGAAGCUGUUGCAGAGACUGGAAACCUGGGAGCGUUAGAUAUCGUAGAAUGCAACCCUGACUUGGCAUCAACUGACGUUCACGAAAUUGAUACCAUCACGGCUGGUUGUGCCAUCGCUAAGAGUGCGUUUGGAGAAACCUUAGUUUAA